UUAUUUCAUCAAAAUACUUCAACAACAACAAGUUCAUCUUCAACAAACAAAUUUUUAUUUCAACGCCCUCCAAUCAAUGAAUCAUUCAUUUCUCCAUUAAAACAACAAUGGAAACGAUUCUUGUCUUCUCCUUCAAAUUCUUCAAAUGUCAACAAAAAUUGUUUAACAACACCUUCACCAGGCUUGAAUGAUGAAACAAGCUGUUAUCUGUAAAAAUAGUGGGAAUUUGUUGCUGAUGACUUCAGAAACUGCAAAAAUCAAGAAGGAAACUAAGCAAUGGCGGGCAGCAUUGUUUAGCACUCCUGCAACAAAAUUCACUGCAACAACCACACCUGCAAGAGAAUGGAGGGGGGGUAUCCUUGAAGGGGGGAGGGUAUUUGCGGACAAAACUUGUCGGUUUUAA